UUAACUCAGUUGCAUUCUCUCCCCGUAAGUUUGGGCGUUUUCCUUCCCUCCUGUGCACUUUCAUCACACAAAAUGGACAUUUUGGCGUGAGGGCAGGACAUUACCGUCUACGCUUCUUCACCUUGUCAACGUUUUACAGUCGUUAUUAGUGUUAUUUUUAUUUUUUAUUUCUGUCUCGAGAAACCGAGGGUAACCAAAGCAGGGAGCAGCUGACUUUCCAACGGACCGGUAAACUCCGCCACAGCGUCCAUGCUGAUUUCCACACAGGGUGUGCAGUCGGGGCUGAGCUGGGAUGAGCCAGGUGGAGUGUAGGCUGCUGGACGCUCUGUGUGGCCGGAGGAGGCUGCUGGCUGUGGCCAUGAAGCUGCCCUGCUCCCUCUACUGCUCGUUGUGGUUCCUCCUGCUGCUUGGAGCUGGGUCGCUGCUGCUGCUCGUUCGCCUUCAGGACCUCACCGAGAUGGUCCAACAACAGACACCAGGCGUAAACGUUGUGGUGGCUCCCAGGUGGCCCGUAGAGAAGGACUUGGUUGCAGACAGUACAGCGCCUGGGGGCUUCGAUGCACAACAGCCUGAGGUUGUCGGUGAAGCAGCACAGAUCAAAAACUCUCCGUCUGACCUCAGACUUCAGCGUGCGUCUCUUUCUUCUUCUCCCUCGGUCCUCGACGAACCAGCCGUCAGCCCCAAACAGCCUGUCACCAAACGCCACAGGAAACUGCUCCUGAAGAGCCCCUCCAGCGCCCCCGGUGGUGAGGAGGAGCAGCAGCAGACUCUGGCCAGGAUGCAGGAGUCCCGCCGGCGCCUGCUGAGCGAGGUCUGCGCCAAAUACCAGCCGGGCGUCACCGAGCAGCUGGUGUCCCAGCGACAGGUGUCUCGGGUUUACGUGGAGGACAGGUACAAGCUGCUAUACUGUGAGGUCCCCAAGUCUGGGUGCUCCAACUGGAAACGGGUGCUCAUGGUUCUCGGAGGUAGUGCGACUUCAACACGAGACAUUCCUCAUGACGCAGCGCACUACGCCAACCACCUGCGGCGCCUGGAGAGCUACGACCGCGCCGGCAUCGCAGACAGACUCGCCUCUUACACGAAGGUCCUGUUUGUGCGGGAGCCUUUUGAGCGUCUGGUGUCAGCUUUUCGGGAUAAGUUUGAGAGUCCGAACUCAUACUAUCACCCCGUGUUUGGACGCCCAAUCAUCUCCAGGUACCGCGCCAACGCCACACGCACCGCCCUGCGAACCGGAGCCGGUGUCACCUUCAGGGAGUUUGUUCAGUACCUGCUGGACGUGCGUCGGCCGGUGGGGAUGGACAUCCACUGGGAGCCCGUCAGUCAGCUCUGCAACCCCUGCCUCCUCCGAUAUAACUUCAUCGGGAAGUUCGAGAACCUGGAGGAGGAGGCCAACUUCCUGCUGCAGAGCGUCGGGGCGCCAAGGAACCUCACUUUCCCCGACUUUAAAGACAGAAACCCCCUAGCAGAGAGGACUUCCUCCAAAAUUACACAGAAGUACUUUGCUCAGCUGAACUCCACAGAGAGGCAGAAGGCGUAUGACUUCUACUACAUGGAUUAUCUGAUGUUUAACUACCCUAAACCCUUCAAAGACCUGUACUAAACCAACAAGUCAAUCAUCUCACUCACUGUUUGUCAUAAAUAUCAUCCUUCUGGGUGCUUAUUGUCUCAACAAACCCUCAGAACGGGCCCGUUUCCCAUAAUUCACCUCAGCACCACCUCAUUGAUCCAAGCACCUGAACAUGUGGACUUAUUUUAACACUGGAUCUUUAAUUUUUACACAUACACAUUGCCUUC